CAUGCUGUCUGCGGCUGUCUGUCUAUACCUUUAACCACUAUAGUUUCUCUUUCACUUUUCAUUAUUCGGUUUAGUAUGUCAGCAGCAGCAGCAGUAUAGUGUCGUUGUCGUCGUUGUCGUAAUGGGUGCAAGAACAAGUUUAAUAACAAUUUAAUCGACGCCAUUGCCAGGCUCCAAAACACACCCGCAAUGUGAAUCUGGUGAAUGCCAACGGGGCAACAAAACCAGUCUGUAUUGUGCAACAUGUGGAAUUGAUUACGGAAUCUCGCGUGAACCACGAAACGACGCGUCAACAUAUGGCAAAUUAAGAGGGGGGUUUCCCAGUAGACUCGUGAAUCCGACUAAACAAACGCCAUAUCAAAAGUGACCCCCGAAAAAAAUGGGUCUGAUCGUUAAACUGUUACGUAACGCGAAAAUACCGCGCUGGUCAACGUUGGUGCCGGUGCUGUUCUAUCUAGCGUUCAUCAGCUGCGUCCUGAUGCUGGCAUUUCCGGCAUCCAGUCCGACGAUCCCGGCGGAGGCAGCUGCUAGGAAAACAAACCAAGGCACAGGCGACGACAUUGGUCUGCUAGACACCGACGGGAUAUACAAUGUAGACGAGAGUGCGACCCAGGAGCUGACUGAUGCGUUCAAUAAGGCAGACACCAACGGCGACAAGCGCCUCAACGUGCAGGAACUUGCCAAAUAUAUCAACUUCAAGAUACGGGACCACAUCGAUACCGCCAUUCGGUCCAAUCCGACGACGUUCGUGGAAAUUGACCUCAAACCACGGGAUGGUUUAAUCAGCUGGGACGAGUAUCAAACAUAUUCCUUGCGCGAGCGAGGCCUCGACGAUUCGUACAAGAAGAAAAAGGCCUUCGACACGUUGGACCGAAAGGUAAAGGAAUCCAUUGCCAGGGACAAAGCACUGUGGAUGGAAGCGGCCAGAACAGAUCCGAUGAGCUUGACGUUGGACGAGUUUCUCGCGUUCCGACAUCCGGAAUCGAGCACGGCUAAUAUGCUAAACUUGGUGAGCGAGAUUCUGAUGCAGUUUGACUCCGACGGAGACGAUAAACUUACGAUGGCUGAGUUUUCCGACGUGUUGCCCAACGGAGUGGCGGACAUUAGCAGCAAGAAGAUCAUUCUGUCGCAAAGUGAACGCGAACGGAAGGCCGAGUUUAAGAAGAUUAUUGACAAGAACAAGGACGGCAAAGCCGAUCGGGGAGAACUCUUGGCGUACGUGGAUCCCCGUCAUCCCCGGUAUGCCAUCCAGGAAGCCUCGACACUGUUCAGUUUGGCGGACAAGAACACCGAUCGAUUGCUUACCCUGCCAGAGAUAAUCGCAAAAUCGUCCAUUUUUAUCUCAUCAAAGAUGGUCAACACAGCGGAAAGCUUUCACGAUGAGUUCUGAACAGCACCAGCAAGAAAUUGGAAUGUGAUAUUCUGUUUAUGUUUAGGAUUGUGAAUAGCACUAAAGUGUGCUGCAAAAAAACUGUGAAUUGCAUAUUAAUAAGUAGAUAUUAGCACGGCGUGUAUUCUAGUAGACAAUAUGAUAAAUAAAACACAUGACAUAGAUUACGCUUUAA